AAUCAUUUUUUCAUUAGAAACUAUUUUUGUAACAAAAACUUAAAAAUUACUAUCUUAAAUUUUUUUUCCUAAGACUAUCUAUUUAUGAGGUUUUAUUAUAUUUGUGGGAACUAUCUACUUCAUAAUUCAUGUCCCGAUUUAUAAGUGUAUAUAUAUUUUCUUUGGCGAUAAUCAUGUACACAAACAAAUCUGAUUGAGGUGGCAGAGAUCAAGUAAAGUAAUGAAUAUAAACAUAUCCAUGCGAAUAUUAGUGGAUACCCAAGUGCUUGAGGUCUAGUUUUGGAUAUCUAGGACAUCUUUAUUUAAAAUAGAAUUCUUAACACUAUACAUGAAUUCAUAUCGAAAAAUUAAUUCUAUAUAGCCUUUUUUUCACAUAAAAACGUAUACUUUAGUAAUGAAUAUAAACAUAAAAAUGUAGACCAGAUGCAUUUAGACCAUGCAUUAAAACAUUUCUUGACCAGGUGGCCAGAUGAUAAAAGUAGCUGUAGACCAUCCAUUUAAAUUUUUUCUCGGUGUUAUGCGAAAUAUGAAAAAGCUAACACAUGUCUCUCUCCUGACAUGCACGAACCAACAAAUUAUUUCUUAAUAAAAUUUAUGUUUAACAUUAAUUCGCGUCAUUAUUUUGUUAAAUAAAAAAACCCUUUUGACCACACCCUUUCUCUAUAUAAACAUUUUUAGUCUCCUCCUCUCUCUCAUCAUACCACACGAUAUUCUCUCCCUCUCUUAUGAUUUAAAACGCUAAAGAAACCUAUCUACAUCGUAAUCUCUCUUCUUUCCAAACAAUGGCAGAAAAAGCAGCAUCAUCGCCAUUGAAACGCCAAAGAGAAGAAUAUGAACAAGAAACCGUGCUUCAAGAAGAUACAAAAAGACAAAAGCCUUCUUCAUCUUCUACCGUGUACAAUCAAGUACAAUGUCUCUUAUAUGAUGAAGAAGCAAAAAAUGAAUCAGAACAUGAUUUAGCUUCCCUAAUCACCUCACUUCAGCAAGAGAUCUCUACGGAAGAGGAAAACGCUGCCGUUUUUGCGAAUCCUGCUCUCUCUUCUUCGGCUUGCUCCUCCUCCUCUUCUUCGUGUGAUUCAAAGGAAGACGAGUAUGAAGGCGAGAAGGAGAAAGUUAUGAAGCAUCUUCUUGAAGCUUCCGACGACGAACUAGGGAUACCUAACACUGACUUUGGCGGGAGUCAUUAUGAGAUGAUUAAGAAUGAAACUAAUCAAGAUUACAUUGAUGAGUUUAGUUUAAUAGAUGAUGGGUUUGGUAAUGGGCUUUGGGAGCUUGAAGAUGAAGCUGCUAACUAUUACACGUUACUGCAGUCAGAACUGUUCAUGUAGAAGUUCAUAGGGGUAGAAUAGGGAAAUACGCAAGAAGAUGGGUAAAAAUGAAAAAGUAAAGACCAAAUAUGAUGAAGAAAAAAAUUGGAAUAUUUUAUGGAAUUAUUCCUUUUUAUUUCUGGGUUUCUUUUUUCAUGUGGCUUGAUAGGUGUUCUUUUUUAUUUGUUUUAGCUACUAUAUUUAUAUUUCUUUCUUGAAUUAGUUAUUAAAUUUCUAGUGGGACUACUGAUAAUGAUACUAUUUUGUUGUUUUGUC